AUGUGUUCGUGCGACGUUAUAGAAGAGGCGCGCAAGAACCUCUGGCCAAAGGACGAGAAAAUUGCCGGUCAGGAAGGUCUGAGAAAGUUUUGGAGCGCCGUCUCCGCAGAGAUUAGGAAGAACUUACUGGACGGGAAGGCCACUCUGCUGAAGAAUGUGGGCACUUUCUCGGUGUCCAAGUGGCAGAUCGGCAAGAACACGUUCGAGAGCUCGCCGGCGUUCACGCUGUACGGCCGCGCGCUGCAGAAGUUCGGCGUCCGCGCCGAGAAGAAGUGGUGCCCCAAGUCCGCGCCGCGGCUGAUGACCGCCGCCACGAUGGCGAGCGCGAGCGAACGCGGCCUGCGGGGGGCGGACGCGUGCCUGGGGGCGGUGCAGCGGGCGCUCGACCGCCGCCUCGCCGCCGGCAGCGCGUCGCUCGUCUUCCCCGGCCUGGGCACGCUGCUGGUGGCGCGCGGCGCCGCCCGCAUGGUCUUCACCAGGCAGUUCCUCGAGGAGUUUCGCAGGCGCGAGAGGGAGAACCUGCGCAGACUGCGGCCGCCGUCCCCGCAGCCGAACUGCGAGUGCCCCGACCGGCCGCCUUCCACACACGACCUAAAGCCGCUCGGAACCCCCAAACAGCGACUGCCGCACAGUGGUCGUCCACCACCUGACGAUGAAGCAAAAUCAGAACGCCUUGAGACUAGGCAGACCGAACCGCCCCCUGCGCACCAGAAGCCACCGUCAGUGCCCGCAUCCACGGCUGGCACACCGCGAGCACCAGAGACUGCUCGAAGCCAAAAAUCUUCCAGCCGUCUUAGCCGCAAGUCCUCCGGUCACAAGCCACAGGGUCCGCCACCGGUGCCUGAAGAAGUCACGGAGGAGGAGUGCAUGGUGCAGCUGCCGCCGCCCCCACCGCCGGGCGUGGACCCACGUCUGUGCUACGUGUGCCAGCUCAAAAAGCUGAGGGAGGAACGCGCCGCAUUAGCACCCAGGGAGCCGCCGGAGGUCACGGCCGCCAAGGAGCGGGUGAUAAACUUGGAUAUUAUGAGGGUCGACGCUGGAGGCGCAAUAGAUGCUAUGAAAGAGGCGGACGCCCGGCGGUCAAGAAAUAUAGAAUUCGCUCUCUACAACAAACAUAUCGGCGAGCAACGGCGCAUGGACAUGGUGGAAGAAAAGCAGAGGAAUUUAAACGCGCCGCCUAUGUCGGAUGUGCUUUACCAGCGGCCCACGUCACCACGCGAGAAUGACGCGUAUUACGUGGAGAUACGGGAGAUGGCGAGGAAAAAACGCGAAUCGGAUCAGAAACAAGCGGAAAAGCAGCACAAGGAAGACUGCGAAACGUUGAGAAAUCUCAUACGAGCCGCUGAGGAAGCCAGGUGGAACGAAGCGAGAGAGCGGAAGGCGGCGAUGGACACCCAGCGAGGUGACCUCCUGGUACAGUGGGCGGAAAAGCGAGAAAGGGACAGCAGGGAGCACAAGGUGGUGGACAAGGCGCUGCCCGACCUGAUGGGGCUGCCGUCGGACGAGCAGGCGUUCCGGGACAGGCGGCGGCAGGCGCUGGAGCUGGCGGACUUCAACCGCGACCAGAAGGACGAGAAGCUGGGCCGCGACCGACGCUGGCGCGAGGACAAGCUGGCCUGGGAGCGGCGCUGGCUGGACACGCUGGAGCGCGAGGCGCAGCACGCGGCGCAGGGCGGCCUGGUGUGCACGUGGCGCGACCAGGCCGCCGGCAAGGGCCGCCGCGACGCCGACGAGCGCGCCUUCCUGUCGCGUCCGGCCGGCUUCGUCAUCACCGACAUCUGCCCGCGCUGCGAGCGCUGCUUCCGCCGCCUCGGCUACCCCUCCGAGAGCAUCAAGAAGUGA